AAUAUAAUGCGUCAGUGUUUUCGAUAUUAACCUAAUGAUCAGCUGGUGUAGUUAAUGACAACUGCCUUUUCAUUGUUUGUCUGUAGAAAUAUGCUUUCGUAGAUUGCGAGGUAACGAUUGCCAAGGACCUGACGAGCCAAUUUACCUUUGCUGCUUGGAAGAUGUUUACGAUGAACGUUAUUGAGUUUAGAAAAACACUUCCUGUUUGGACAGACGCAUUGUAUUAUUAGACAAUGUUGUAAUGGACAAAUGUAAAAAUGUAUUUCUAACGUUGGUUAACUUAGCUAGGCUAGGAAAUGUGUUCCGUGAUUUGCAGGUCUUAUGAAACACUGUAACUUAGCCCAUUAGCUAGCUAGUAUACGUUACAGUAUUUUGUUUCACGUAAGAGCUGCCAUAGCCUAAUUAGUGAGCUUUCCAUUAUGCUCGGUGUUGGAUUCAAAGCAGAGAGACUUCGAGUCAAUCUCCGGCUCGUCAUCAACCGCCUUAAACUCCUUGAAAAGAAGAAAACCGAGCUCGCCCAGAAAGCACGGAAAGAGAUUGCGGAUUACCUGUCGGCAGGUAAGGAUGAGCGAGCUCGCAUCCGCGUGGAGCACAUCAUCAGAGAGGACUACCUGGUGGAGGCCAUGGAGAUUCUGGAACUCUACUGUGACCUGUUGCUGGCCCGCUUCGGCCUCAUCCAGUCAAUGAAAGAACUGGAUCCCGGUCUGCAGGAAGCGGUGUCCACUCUCAUCUGGGCCGCCCCUCGCCUACAGUCUGAAGUCUCCGAGCUGAAGAUCGUGUCCGACCAGCUGUGCGCCAAAUACAGCAAGGAGUACGGCAAGCUGUGCAGGACAAACCAGAUCGGAACCGUCAAUGACAGGCUGAUGCACAAGCUGAGUGUGGAGGCCCCACCCAAAAUCCUGGUGGAGCGAUACCUCAUCGAGAUCGCCAAGAACUACAACGUGCCGUACGAGCCAGACGCCAUGGUCAGGCCCGAGGUGUGCCAAGGUGAGGAGGCUGACCUCAUCGAUGUGGACAUCGACAGCAGGAAGCCGGGCGGCGGAAGUGGGGGUGGUGGAGGGUUCACAGCACCCCCUGCAGCCAUGCCAUCGCCCAUGUCCAUGUCCACACCCUCAGCCUUCGACUACCCAGCUCCCAGAGCAUCAGUGCCCUACAAUGGCCCCGGGGGCAGUUUUGACAGCUUCAACACCCCCCAGCCUCAAGUGAGAGGAGGGCAGCCCCCCCAGCUGCCCAGCAACCCUCCGGCGUACGACUCCAGUGAUGAAUCAUCUGUCCAGCCUUUUCCGUCCCAGGAAUCUGGACCUGGUCCCUUCUCCCCAAUCUACGACAACACCGCCCUCCCCGAACUCCCCUCCGUUCCUGACACACUUCCUGCUUCCUCCUUUGGUGGAAACACUGCGCCCUCUGAUGACAUCGAUUUUGAUGACUUGUCACGCCGCUUUGAGGAACUGAAGAAGAAGACUUAGUCCUCCAGGCAACCUCUCAACUCCCCUCAACUCAGUUUAGGAUAUGAACUCUUUCUGUAAAGAUUCUCUCACUUAUUCUAACAGAUAUCCAUUUUACCUUACCUCAUUUGAACACAAAAAGGUGUCUUGUUGAUUGCAGGGGAGGUUUUUAAUGAAUUAAGAUUAGCUUUUCUUCUGAGCGAAUGACUUCGCGGAACAUUUGAGGUGCGAUGAAGGAACGUCCUACUGUGGGGGUGUCAUAAUGUACAUAAACAUUUUGAAAUUUAAGCUGCUUCUUCACGAUCAUCACACAGAUACCUUUUCUAUGAGCACUUUGGAUGCAUAAUGGCCUUUUUAAUAGAAUCUGCCGUAAUGUACAAUGCUAAUGCUACACGUAGCGUAGUCGUAAAGCUAAAUCAGCAUGCCUAGUCACUUCAGACGACAGUCUGUAACUGUGAUGCAGAUGAACACACUUGUGAAAAGUGAAAAGCUGGACAGAUCCGUGUGUGUGUGUGUGUGUGUGUGUGAGGAAGGAUACACACUGUGGGGACCUUCUCAAAAAGGACUCCCCAAACGGGGACAACUUCCACCCUUACGUUUGCGUCGGGUGUUUUUUCUUUUCACCAUUUCAACAUUUCAUCAGCUUUGGGUGUCAUUUUUUUGCACUGCAAACUGGCUUUCAUACGUAUAUACACACACACAGUAUACGUGUUUUAGGAAGUUCUAUUAGUCCGUGUCAGAACCAGGCCUCCUCUCUGCGAGCAGGUCACUGGAAGCCCAGACUGGAAAAGCAUGUUUCUGCUCAGCUGUGGUGGUAAUGUGUUGGGAAUAAUCAGAUGUAGGUCCUUUUUUCUUUUUUUUUUUGUCUCCAAUAGCUUUUCACUCAACUGGUGACAUCCUAAAGCUGCUAACAUAUUACCUUACAGGCGAGACUGGAACACUAGACAGGUUGUUGAAUACUAAAACAUGGGAGAGCGUAAGAUUAAUGAUAGUUUGUGUGAAUUAAACAUUGAAUUGCUCUAAUAACCAUUAUAGACCACUUACAUUUUACACAUGUUGUUUAAAAUAAAAUUUAAAAAGCAGUCAUUCUGAUGCUCAUUGAACCUGGGUGGGAGUGUUAGUAAUGUGCCAACGGCAGAAGUGUGAGGUGCAAACAGGAAAAAAAUUUUUGUCAUUGUAGACUAACCACACUCCUUAGAAUAUUGUAUUUGAUUAAUACCAGAUUAAUAGCUAAUAUAAUCCAUCAGUGGCCUUGGCAUUUCAGAUUUGAACCUGAGAGUUUUGUCAUCGUCAAUCAUAUUACGUUGUUCAGGAAGUUGUUCAGCUUCUGUUUAAAAAAAUAAUAAUUGUACAAAUCCAAUCUAAUUAAUAUUACUUUGCUUGACUUUUGCCCUCUUGGUUUUUUAUGUUGGGUGAUGUAAAAUGCCUCUCUAACAUUUUUAUUUUAUCUGUACUAUCGUGAGCAUAAUGGUUGGUUACUCUGUUCCUGUGUUACAAAUUGAGUGACCAGAUUAUAGUCCUGUACUUUAGAUCAGUUCAUUGUGAGUCUGAGUUUUAAACAACACCUAUAUGAUACACUGUUACAAAUGUAAUCUUCAUAUGGUCCACCUUUUGAAGUGUUACGUUUAAAUGUUUGAUACUGAAUAUAAGCUCUGUAGUAAAGACAUUAUCUUCACAGAAAACUGACAUUGUCUUCUCUUGGCUGUAAUAAAGGACAUAUUUAUAA